AGGCGGACGACUGGGAGUGGCUAAAGGUUCAGUUUAGUGAGGCCCACAAACUGUCAGACACAUCUAGAGCGUGUAGUGUUAUGCUGCCGUCAGCUAUACGAGGGACACCGUGUCGUAUAGCUGGGGUUGUAGAAAGUUUUCAGGGACAUCUAAUGUCCCGUUCGAAAAAAAGAAAGAAAGAUUGUAAACAGUAAAAUAAAAGGACGUGAAAUUGUUCGAAAGUGUGUAUCAAACAUUAGUUUGUCACCAUUUUUAUCCUGGAUCUGGAUUGUUGUUAGAACUUGUGCCAAAACAGGUCAUCUGAGCAGAUGGUUUUAUGACACAAGUAUUUUAGGCACUUGAGGCUUCACCUCUUUAUAUAGAAGAAACAAGAUCUCAUGGUCAUUGAACAGCGGACAUUGUGCCCAUUCGUUCUUGGAGGGACCAAUGCUUUCCAUAUACAUUCCUGAGGAUUACCGAGCCAGUCAUUGAGGCCUGGUGUAGCGUUAGUACAAGGUGCCACCCGUGACUACAAGGUGCCACCCCCAGGUGUAGGUGACAUCAGUGGUUCUCCCACUCGGGUGAGAUCGGCUCCAGUGGUUCCCCACCUCUCAUGUCUGUGGAGGUGCUGGUCUCAAAGCCCGCCCCUACCCUCACAGCCCCCCAGUCCAGCAUGAAAGAACAGGUUCGUCCCUCCUCCCACAGUAACCGGCGCAGUAACAGUCACCAGAAGGCGCCCGGGCACCCGCCGCCCCAGCCCUCCCCCCAGUACUACAACCGCCCGUCCGGGGAUGUGGUCAUGCGGAGCACCCAGGAUACCAACGGUCACAACGACAUCCAGCACCACUUUGAUCACAACCAUAUCAUCUACGACAACACCACAGACACUACAUACCUCAGGGGAAGACUUCUAGGAAAAGGUGGAUUUGCUCGCUGCUAUGAAAUCCUGAACAUCAACACCAACAAGAUUUACGCUGGGAAGAUCAUAAGCAAAACACGCAUCUCCAAGCCUCAUCAGAAACAGAAGAUUUUACGUGAAGUCCAGCUCCAGAAGAAUCUAAAGCACAGACACGUGGUUGAGUUCAACAGUUACUUUGAAGAUGACAGCAAUGUAUACAUUAUCCUGGAGAAUUGUAGUCGCAAAUCUCUGGUCCAUGUGCUAAAACACAGGAAAUGUCUGACAGAGCCAGAGGUCCGCUACUAUCUGAGACAGCUGGUGGAUGGGGUGGAUUAUAUCCAUGGCAACCAGAUAAUCCACCGUGACCUUAAGCUGGGAAACAUGCUACUUAAUUCAGACAUGGAGCUUAAGUUGGCAGAUUUUGGCCUGGCGACUAAGGUGGACUUUGCUGGGGAAAAAAAGAUGACUGUGUGUGGUACACCUAAUUACAUUGCCCCAGAGGUCCUACAAAAGAAGGGUCACAGUUUUGAAGCUGAUAUCUGGGCUGUGGGAUGCAUAACGUAUGCUCUCCUUGUGGGUCGUCCACCUUUUGAAACCACCACACUGAAAGAGACGUACCUGAGGAUCACAGAGAACAACUACAGUCUUCCAUCCUCCCUCUCAACCUCGGCCAAAAACCUCAUCAGGAAGUGUCUGCAUCCAGAGCCAACCAGUCGACCAACCCUUCAUGAUAUUCUUUCGGAUGAAUUUUUGACCGUUGGGUUUUUGCCUCACACUCUGUCUCCAGCUUGUUGCACAGCCAUGCCCAAGUUUCCUUCACGCUACACCAGUAACAGGCCCAUGUCUUAUGCUGUACCACCUGAGCCUAAGUCCGACCCCAUGGGACGUCUGGGCAACGCCCUCAGUCAGAUGCACUUGGACUCACGCUCAGAGAAUCUGCUGGAGGAGAAGGAGCUAGAGGAUAUAGAGAAGAAAUCUCCUAGCCACUCCCCCACACACUAUGAAAAUAUCCGCACAGCUAAAGACACACUUCCUGCAAGCUCCAACAACUACAACAACGAUGGUGGCUCAGGUGAUAGGUCAAGGUCACCACCCCAGAGAGAUCUCUCCAAGACUGGAUCUGCUGCCAUGUUGCUGAAUGUCCUGGGAUCUUGUCUAGAGCACAUCCCAAAAGUGGCCAAGGGUACCCUGGCGCCAGUCAAUGCUGAGAUCACCUGGGUGACCAAAUGGGUGGACUACUCCAACAAGUACGGCUUUGGUUUCCAGCUGUCCAGCGAUGCCCUGGGUGUCCUCUUCAACGACACCUCCAGGAUCAUCAUGGCCCCCGAUGGAAGAGCCAUCCAGUACUACGAUGUGACUGGUAAACUUUCAGCCUUCACCUCAGACUGUGUACCUGAGGAGUUGGAGAGAAAGACAACUCUACUGCAGUAUUUUGCCAGAUACAUGGAUGAGCAUCUUAUUCAUGGUGGAGACCUGGAAUACUCCAGCUACAGUGACUCCAUCUCCUGGUCUGGUUCCUUGUUCCUCAAGAAGUGGUUUCGUACAGCCAAGGCCAUCGUUCUCUACCUGAGUGAUGGCACCUUGCAGGUGAACUUUUUCGAUGAUCACACCAAGCUGAUCUUGAGCAACAUGAAGAAUGAGUACCUUGUGACCUACAUCGACCAGGAGCGCUCAGCUCGCACCUUCAACCUGAAUCACAUCAUGCAGGAGGGCUGCGGCAAGGACGUCUACGAGAGGAUGACGUUUGCACGCUCAAUGCUCAAGAACCUUGUGGAUAUAGAAGGAGCUGAUAUUUAACAUGGAUUACCAACAAACACCGCACUAGUCUCUAUGUAUCUUAUUCAUGUGGAAUGCUGCACAGCUGUGGGGAUUGAUAAGUUGACAUGGAAAUUCUUUGCCAGACAAAGAUUUUUUGUGGAAGCUUACAACACAUUUCACUCCAGUUAAAUAUGUUGAUCACGGUUAUUUUUUGGAACCCCAAAAAAGUAAAGGGCACCAUGUUGUCAGUGGGUGUCUACAGCACACACAAACUCCAGGGGCCAGCAGUUUAAAAACAUCCAAGUCUUUCCUUGCUGUGAGAUGACUCGUCCAGUCAGUGGACUGGUGGAGGAGGAGUUUUGCCGUGCCAUUCAGAUACAGCUCACAUUUUGAUCUCUUAUUAGUUGCCCAGAAACCUUCCGCAGAGGGUUCAUUUUAUCCAUUAGUAAAAUUUCAUCUUUUAUUAAAAUGCUUUUUUUAUAUGCUUCACAUACUUUUAUUCUUAAUUUGACGUGGGGCAUUUAAGGGACCAAGUUUCUGUAUGUUAAAUUUUUUCAAUAAAUCAUUGAGUGAGGAGAAGUAAUGUUUUUUUUUAACUAACUAGGAGAAAACUUUUCCUGGGCCCCAAGUGAUGAAAAUCAUCAAAGCACCAUAAUGUUUAUCUUGUAACCUUGAUUAAAGCAUGCUGUUGAUUGUAAAGAUGUUCAUAUUGACCAACUUAUUUACCAAAGUUUACAUGUUUAUUUUUUUUAAAUAGGUUUUCCCUAAUCUUGUUUGUUUACAAUAUGCAGAUGUCAGCUGUACUGACUAUUUCAUAGGCAGGUGUUUUGUGCUAGGAAAUCUACUUUUUAUAAAGUCACAGAUUUGACAGUGUGACAUUCACUUACAAAAUGUCAUAAUUUUGAGGAGAGAUAACCAUUUAUGCAAGGAUUUUUUUAAGACCUUUUUUAUUUAUAAGCGGAAAAAGAAAAUUCUAGGUUUCAAUACAUUUUUAUUAUUAUUAAAAGUUACAUGUUAAAAAUUGUGUACCACUUGAGAGAAAAUUUAUGGAAAAAGUAAUCGUGCUUUCUUUUGAAAUGUUUCGAAACAAAACAAUUUCCUAUAAGCAGAAGAAGGCUUCAGUUUAAUUUUAUCAUACAGCAACGUUUUGUGCCUUAAACUAAACAUUCCAGUUUACGAAACCUUUUUUUUUUUUUGUUAGAUGACAAUGGCUAAAGAUAUCACAUUCAUGCUGAAGUGGAAUUAGAUUACAGUGGCUAAAUACAUUUGAUAUUGAAAUCGAUGCAUGCUUAACAAUGUAAAUUGUUUAUUCAAAUAUUUUUUCUUUUAUAAAUUCUGUUUUAAUAACAUGGCAUGAAUGUUUUUAUUGGUUCUGUUGGAAUCAUGCAAGAGGAAAUAAAUAUUUUUGGUAAAUGAUUUUGCAUAAUUAUUAUGUAAAUUUCAUUUUUUUUUUCUUAUGUAAAUAAAACAAAGAAAGCAAUACAGUAGAUGGCAGUGCCUUUGGUGUCUGGCGCUACUGACUGGACAUGUGCUGGACUGGUUGGCCUCAUCCUGGGCAGUCUGACCUCACCCUGGGCAGGUUGACUUCAGCCUGGGCAGGUUGACUUCAGCCUGGGCAGGUUGACUUCAGCCUGGGCAGGUUGACUUCAGCCUGGGCAAGGUUGACUUCAGCCUGGGCAGGUUGACUUCACCCUGGGCAGGUUGACUUCAGCCUGGGCAGGUUGACUGCAGCCUGGGCAGGUUGACUUCAGCCUGGGCAAGGUUGACUUCAGCCUGGGCAGGUUGACUUCACCCUGGGCAGGUUGACUUCAGCCUGGGCAAGGUUGACUUCACCCUGGGCAGGUUGACUUCACCCUGGGCAGGUUGACUUCACCCUGGGCAGGUUGACUUCAGCCUGGGCAAGUUGACUUCAGCCUGGGCAGGUUGACUUCAGCCUGGGCAAGGUUGACUUCACCCUAAGCAGGUCAACCCUGGUCAGUUUGACCACUGUCUGGGCAGGUUGACCUGAGUUCUAAGCUCUAUUAGACAAAUCUGUUGGUACUGAGAUAAAUUGUAAACAUUGCCUUAUGUAUCAAGUCAUUACAUUGUAUGUGCCUUGAUUCCUCACACAACCAAUAUCUGCUGGUUUUUAUAUAUGUUUUUGACAUAUGCAAAUCUUAAUGUUAAUGGGUAAAAUAUAUUCAGUUUUCAAAUAACCAAACUUAACUAAAACAGUUAUUUUAAAAUUGAGAAAGAUGAUAUUCAUACAUCAUAAUUUCUAUAUUUCAUAGUUAAAAAAAAAAUAACAGUAAGAUAUUCUAAUGAAUUUUUUUUUGUUUAACAAUUUUAAUGUGCUGAUAAAGCAUUAAAAAUAUUUUUCUUUCAUGGUGUCCAGAUUUUUGUGUAAGUCCAUGUAAAAAAGUUUUCUUAGGUUAAUGUUUUACACACUUGUUCAUGCAAGGGAAUUUCAAUUGUAUUGUUCACUGUAGAUAGAAACUUGUACAAAGGAAAAAAUGCAUUAAACUUUUUUUCUUCUUCAUUUGAUCAGUAAUAUUUGUAUUCAGUUUUUCUUGUUCAAUAAUUCAGAUAUUUCUUUUGACUUGUAGAUUUUUCCAUUGAAUGUUUUUAAAAAACAACUUGAGGUCCAAAAACUUGUGUAGAUUCCAUUUACCCUUGUGCAGUAACAUUCCUAUCUGUUACCCUAUCCUUAAAGUAUAUACAACAUGGAUACAAUUUUUUUUAUGCUAAAUAUUUCCUGGCAAUCCUAUUGCUGAGUUAAUGACCUUUGACCUUUUAUUCCAUUCUAUUGCUUGUGUGGCAGCUGUUUUUAAAGAAUGAAAGUUUUUAAAAAAUUUCAUGUAUUUGCCAAUAUUUUUUCUGCCUAUCUGGAUGGUGAAGGAAUGGAAGUUUUUACCUGUUCAGUUAUUAAAAUGUUAUGCAACUUUACUGCUUUGCAGUUGAAGAAAACUGAAUCUGUCAAUAAAUAUUUACAAACUAA